AUGCCACAAAGUCUACGAUCCAUCCUGGGCAAAUCCAACCGGGUCAGAAAACCCAGCAGACCAACCCCAGCACGACAGAAUCCGUCCAGUCCUGCAAAGGCAUCUCCCUCAUCUCCGUCUCCCCGAAAAGGCAAGAGGCCAGCCGCAAAAGAUGACCCCGAAGCCCAGUUCCAGGACAAGCUCUCGGACAUUGGCGUAGCCCAACUGCUGCAGGAGGAGCUCACGCUGAGAGACGUCGUCCAGGCGAUGCGAUACGUCCGCAGCAGAAUGUUCACGCCCGUUCCGCCCACGGGUUUCAAAUCUACGCGGUCUGCCGAGAUCCUCAACUACAGACUGGGCAUGCCGCCGAUUGUCACGCUGGGCCACUUACACGCGAUACUCACCUCGCCGUCCAAAGUGGAGAGGGAAGUCGUCGAGCUGUCUAGGAGCGGCGUCAUCCGGAAAGUUCGGGUCGAGAGGAGAGGCGGGAUGGGCGAGGCGCUGAUCGAGAUGGCGGACUUUGAGGCCAUGGUGCGCAAGGCGGGCGUGUCGGAGGAGACGAGGGAUCGGUUCCUGGAGUUUCUGAGGGAGAACCCGACGGCGCAGACGGUCCCGAGGGAUGCCGUGACGCAUGCGCAGACGGAUGAGCUAGUCAGGGCCGGCUUCUUGACGAGCUCGCUGCGGGCCACGCCGGGGACGACGCUCCACGUCCGGCCGGAGGACCGCACGACGCUGACGUCGAUCCACCAUGUGUCUCGCUUUGCCUCGGGCAGCGUCUCGGCCGUGGGCGGCCAGAACGCGCUCCAUCUCGCCGGAGGCAGCGGAGGCGCGCCGACGCUGCUCACGGGCGGCGGCUCGUCGUCGCCGGCGGCAUCAGACGGGUCGUCGGACUUCCGCAUCGCGGUGCCGGGGCACGGGCGGUACCUGAAGCUCGCAGAGGGGACGGUGGACUGGCUCCGCGAGAUGGUGGACGGGACGAGAUGGGGCGAGGCGCCGGAGGACUGGUUCAGGGAGCGGUUCGAGGGCGGCGGGCUGUACGGGAGGCGGUGGAAGGAGUUUUGGGGCGUCGAGUGGGAGUGGGUGCUGGGGCAGGCGGUUGGGCUGGGCGUGGUGGAGGUUUUCGAGACGGGAAGCGUUGGGAGGGGAGUGAGGGCGUUGGGAGGUUGA